GUCACAAUUCCCACCACAAGCUGUACUCCCAAGCCACUGGUGUAACUUGACACAGAGCAGGCCAUCUCCAACCCAGGAGGAACACACCCAAGUGGGAACCAGGCAGGGGCCUAACCAUCUACCAACUCAGGAGACAUGGCAAAUCUUGAAUCAACUUUCCGUAAAUUUGCUGUCUAUGGAGACACUGGUGCCAGUGGCAAUGACAUGACAAGCAAGAACUUCUCCAAGAUGAUGAAGGAAUGUGGUGUAAUGGAUGGGAAAUCUGUGACCAGCACUGAUGUGGACAUUCUCUUCAGCAAAGUCAAGGCCAAGGCUGCCCGUAAUAUCACAUAUCCAGAGUUUCUGGAAGCCCUAAAGGAACUGAGUGUUAAACGCUUCAAGGGGAAAACUCCAGAUGAAGCUUUACAAGCCAUACACAAGCUGAUAGAGGGCAAAGAGCCCGGCAAUGUCGGAGCCACAAAAUCUGUCCAUGCUGGAGCAGUGGACAGACUGACGGACACCAGCAAAUACACCGGUUCUCACAAGGAGCGUUUUGAUGAAAGUGGCAAGGGAAAGGGGAUAGCCGGACGUGCAGACUUGGCUCAGAACACUGGCUACGUCGGGGCCUACAAGGGGGCUGGAACCUAUGACAAGAGCCACUAGAAGUGGAUGGAGAUGUUCUGUACCUCCUGAGAACCUGCCUGUUCCCCUUGGCCCUGGGAGGGGAGGCCAAUAAACCUG